AUGCAAGGAGUGAUACGAAAUGUCUUUAAAACGUUGUUGAUAUUAAAUUUGUCUGUCCCUACAGGGCUGAGUGCUGUCUCAUCAGCUGCUGGACGUCAGUACUAUUUUGUUUAUGACAGGAAGAACUUUACUGAAGCCCAAAGAUACUGCAGAGAGAAAGACGGAGACCUGGCCACUGUAGACAACAUGGAGGUUAUGAAGAUCCUGAACAACACGGCAAAUUUAGACAACAUGUUCUACUCCAACAACAGCUACGUGAGUUCACUUUUCUCUCUUUCAUCUCAAAGUCUUUCUGACAGGAGGUUUGAAACUUUAUUGAUGUGGUUCUUUAUAUCUCAGUGGAUUUAUUGUAGAUAUUAUAAAGACAUGAAUCACAGAUGUGGAUGGAUGGAGGUUGUAUGUUAUGCUGCCUCUACACUUCUCUGUGCUUCAUUUUCAGGGUCAAAUGUGACUUUUGUCAUCAUCACCACCACCACUAUGACAUGGACUGCAGCCCAGAGCUACUGCAGAGCUCACCACACAGACCUGGCCAGUGUGAGAAACAUGACAGAGAACCAGAAGAUACAGGAAAUGAUAGCUGCUGGACGAUACUGGGGCUGGAUCGGCCUUUUCAGAGACACCUGGAAGUGGUCAGAUGGAAGUACCUCCUCAUUCAGCUUCUGGAAGAACGGGCAACCUGAUAACAACGGGAACGAGGCUUGUGUGGCUGCAGACUUCAGCCAAUCAGGAACCUGGGAGGACUGGCCCUGUGACAUGGAGAGAGCGUUCAUUUGCUACGGUCCAGUGGUGUCAAAGAAAGUGGUGAAAGUGAAGUUUGAGAACAAGAAGAAUCUGGAUCUGAAUAACCCUGCUGUGAUGGAGGCCAUGUUGAAGCAGCUGAAACAGAAGCUGAGGGACCAGGGGCUGGACGACAACAUCAAACUGAGCUGGAGGAAGCAGGCCGAUGGAAAAGUCUUCCACAAGGAAGACAAGAAGACAAACAAGAGGAGGAGGAAGAGGGAUGAGCUGUAAUGUUGAGUUGCUGCGUCUGUUUUCAUCAGAGAAAAGUCUGUUUCUUUCCUCAAAGAUGUGACGGAGCAGAAUAGAGCUGCACCAAUCAGCUGAUUCAGAGACAUUUCUGUAUUUUCUUUUUCAACCUGAACCCUAUUUUCCCACGCGUUGGUGUCUAAGUGAUUAAUAUGAACUAAA